CUGUUGCUAAGAAAUUGGACGGCGGUUGCCGAGGACCACCGUUUCUCUCUCUUUCUUUCUUCAUCGCCUUCGCCCAGUGGGCACUUCCCAUCCUUUUAUAUUUUUCAGGACGCCCGUCGUUCUCUUCACCGUCGAGAAACCGCUGGAACCGGGCUCUACGUUUUUUUCCAACAGCCCUCUUCGUCGCUCCUCGUCAUGCUUCCUUUCCUUAUCUUGCUCUUUCUUUCGCCUCUCCUUGCUUUGGUCUCUGUCGAUGCGAUGCCCGUGGCCCCUCGUCAGUUGGAUGGAAAUGGUACUACCACAGUUCAGGUGGUUCAUGAAUAUCAGACUACUGCGGGCCUAAUGACGCAGACAUGCACGAUUACUCUUACCCCCAUCACCGAUGCGAGCGGCCAGUCAGCCUUCUUGGAGGUGGAGACUUGCACAGAGUCUAUUAAUUCCCAGAAUAAUGGCUCUUCCGGGAGUGCUAAUACAUCAUCUAUUACUUCUGCCACUGAUGCGUCCACUUCUGUAAACACUGCGACAAUAUCAUCAUCAACUGAUACCUCUUCACCAUCAACUGUAACGGAUGCAACGUCCACGACCCAGUCGACGGUGGGGGGUGGUGCGUUGUCGGUCAAUGGCUUUUCUUCGGCUACUGCCGACGCGGCGGCGACCAGCAGUUCGGGUCCUGCCACUUCCACAGCCGCAAAUAGUUCGGAGACGUCUUCAGCCUCAGCUGGUGGUGCAAUCUCUGUCAAUGGCUUCACCUCUGCAUCAGUGGUGUCGUCGGGUGUUGCAUCUACCGCGAGCUCUUCGGCUACGGCUUUGGCAGCAGCUUCAGCAACAGCAGCAUCGGAUACUGUAUCUUCUGCAUCUGCUGCUGCAGCAGGGUCUGCAGCAGCGGCAGAAGUAUCAGAAACACAGACAGCCGCUUUUACUCUCCCGGGAAAGCACCUAUCCGUGCUUCCCAUUGGUCUUGGUGUAUUUGCGGGCAUUUCAGUUAUCGCGCUUAUAGUGGUCGGUUUGGUCACAUAUGAGCGGACCAAGUAUCGCAAGGCGUUCAGGCAAAGGAAACUUGCUGAAUCUGGUGCUAACAUGGGAUACGGUGGCAUGGCCCAACGUUCCUAGAGGACAUACUGCUUCAUCGUUGUGUUUUUAAUUUGAAAUUUCACGCUUCAAUCUAAAUUUGGGUCACCGUGUUAUUUUGCUCUUACAAUACAAAUUUCCCUUCUCGAUGUGCUGUAAGCAUAGAGUAUGAGUCAAAUUAUGCCAUGUGCCUCCGAAGAAGAGCUUUCAUCAUGCCACAACCCAGACUCAGCAAA